UCCCUCAUUUCGAACUAAUUAAAUUAAAAUAAUAAUAAAAGCGAAAUAGGGUUUUUCGUGCCGCUCCCUCUCCUCGACCCUCUCCUCGACCUCUCUCCUCCGCCGCCCCUUAAUCCCCCUCGUUGGGGCCCUAGAUCGUCGAUUCGCGAAAAAUGGCUGGAGGUUUCAGAGUACUCCACCUAGUUAGACCUUUUCUGGCAUUCUUGCCUGAAGUUCAAAGUGCAGAUCGAAGAAUUCCAUUCAGGGAAAAAGUGAUUUACACAGUGAUCUCGCUUUUCAUCUUUCUGGUCUGCAGUCAGCUUCCUUUAUAUGGCAUACACUCAACUACGGGAGCAGAUCCUUUUUAUUGGAUGCGUGUUAUUCUUGCAUCCAACCGUGGAACUGUCAUGGAGCUGGGUAUCACUCCGAUUGUAACAUCUGGACUGGUGAUGCAACUGUUGGUCGGGUCAAAGAUCAUCGAAGUUGACAACAGUGUGCGUGAGGAUCGUGCUCUGCUAAAUGGUGCGCAAAAAUUACUGGGCAUCUUGAUUGCCAUUGGGGAGGCUGUUGCAUAUGUUCUAUCUGGAAUGUAUGGCAGUGUCAGCCAACUAGGAACUGGGAAUGCUAUUCUUAUUAUACUUCAACUCUUCGUUGCUGGCAUCAUUGUCAUUUGCCUUGAUGAGCUUCUCCAGAAAGGAUAUGGCUUAGGAUCUGGUAUCUCCUUGUUCAUUGCCACUAACAUCUGUGAAAAUAUCAUUUGGAAGGCAUUUAGUCCCACAACCAUCAACAGUGGGCGUGGUGCUGAAUUUGAGGGUUCUGUUAUCGCCCUAUUCCAUCUUCUUAUAACUCGGUCAGAUAAAGUUCGAGCCCUUCGUGAGGCUUUCUACCGCCAAAACCUUCCAAAUGUGACAAAUUUACUUGCUACAGUUCUGGUUUUCCUUAUUGUUAUCUACUUCCAAGGUUUUCGUGUUGUGUUACCUGUGAGAUCCAAGAAUGCCCGUGGACAGCAAGGCUCUUACCCGAUUAAGCUGUUUUACACUUCCAAUAUGCCCAUCAUUUUGCAGUCUGCAUUGGUUUCUAACCUAUAUUUCAUUUCUCAGUUGCUAUACAGGAAAUACAGUGGCAAUUUCUUAGUAAAUCUUCUGGGCAAAUGGAAGGACUCCGAGUAUUCUGGUCAAUCUAUUCCGGUUGGAGGUCUUGCUUACUACAUAACAGCCCCAUCUAGCUUGGCUGAUAUGACCGCAAAUCCGUUUCAUGCAUUAUUCUAUAUAAUCUUCAUGCUGUCAGCAUGUGCACUUUUCUCGAAGACUUGGAUAGAAGUCUCUGGAUCAUCAGCAAGAGAUGUGGCAAAGCAGCUUAAGGAACAACAAAUGGUGAUGCCAGGUCACCGGGAGUCGAACCUGCAGAAGGAGCUGAACAGGUACAUUCCCACUGCCGCCGCUUUUGGUGGCAUGUGCAUUGGGGCAUUGACCGUACUUGCUGAUUUCAUGGGCGCUAUUGGUUCUGGCACCGGUAUUCUACUUGCCGUGACCAUCAUCUAUCAGUACUUUGAGACCUUUGAGAAGGAGAAAGCAAGUGAACUCGGCUUCUUUGGCUUCUAAUGGUCACAGGCUGUUGUUUUGGGGGAGGGCUUAAGAUGUCAAGCCUUCAGCGGCUUUGCUAAAGCUGAUAUAGAAAGAGAUUUUUUUUUGUCUUAACAGUUCUUCUCCUUUUGAAGUAACUCACCGUUUUGCAAAUCUUUUCUCGAGAAAUAUAGAGUAUUUCCAUAGUUAAACAGUACACUGUUAAAGUUAUGAUCAUUGUAUAACAUUUUUUACUACCUUUUCUUCUUCCUGUGGUUGAGAUUAGUUACCUUUUUUUGUAUUUUACUUUUAUAAUUAGAAUUAGCAGGAAGAAGUUUCUGUGUUGGUUGUAGGCUUGUACUCUUAUGUUUACUGCAUUUUUUAAACUAGCUAAACGGUUGAUUGAUUCA